GCACACAUGGUGGACAAGGUGGAAAAGGUGCACAUGGUGCGCACGGUGAACAAGGUGCACAUGGCAUACAUGGUUGACAAGGUGUACAUGGUGGGCAAGGUGAACAUGGCGGACAAGGUGCGCAUGGCGGGCAAGGUGAGCAAGUAGGUAGGCAGCAAGGAUUUACUGGACAUGUUGGUGAACACGUUGCGGAAAAUUUAUUGCAGUUCAUGUUUCUUGAAUUUUCUUUUGUACUUUUUUUUUUGUACUUUUCUUAAUUACCCUUUCUCUUUUGCAAUUUUAUUAACUCAUUAAAUACCAAUUAAUGAAAUGCAUAAUUGUUAGUUAAUCGCUUAAAAAAUAUUUUCAAAAAAUUACUUAACAAAUUUGAAAUAUGUAUAUUGAGAGUUUAUACAGUUGUUACAUAUAAUAUGACAAUCGAUUGCUAUGACAACUACUUCCAAAAUAAGAAACUAAUGGAGUAAUUUAGGAUUCUUAUAAAUUCAAUGUUGCACAAAGCAAAUUAAUUUAGUAAAAUGCAUAUUUAAACAAUUUGAUAAUUUCUACGAUAAAAAAAAAAAAGAAAAAAUUUAUAGAUAAAUUUCAAGUAUACAUGUUUAUGAUUUAAAUCAAACAUGCCUUGCGAUGGAAAAAAUCCGAAUUGUGACAGAAGACGUGAAUUAUUAGCACAACUAAAAUGUUUAGUCAGCUCUAUGGAUAGAAAAAAACCAUGUGAGUGGGAUGAACCACCGUGUCCGCCACCUACUUAUUGUCCAGUUAUGAAUUGUUGUGAUCCAUGUUGCGAACCUGUCAAACGGUGUAAAAGCUUCGAUCUUCGUGCAAGUAUAAUGCAUCGAUGUGAAUGUAUCAGGAGGAAUGGUUUACAAGAUAGAUGCAUGAUGUGGGAUUGCAUGGGCCGACCUGAAUGUAUGACAAAACUGUAUCCAGUGUGUGGACCUGGAACUUGUGCACUUCUGAAGCUAACAGAUUUAGGGGAUAUAAAUGUAGCUCUUAAGAAGUUUCACUGUGCAGAUCAAGCAAGAGAAUCUGCAUUAGCGGCAUAUUGCAGACUUGUUUGCAAUAACGCUUGUCCAACAAAAUGUCCUCCACAGCCAUGUUUACCAGCUUGCCCAUCACCUGUAUGCCCCCCGCCAUGUAUAACUUGCUGCUCACCUUCCCCUUGUUAUACACCUUGUUCACCUUGUCCACCAUGUUCACCUUGUCCACCUUGUGAUCCUUGUGGCCCUUGUGUCCCUUGCAGCCCCUGUGGCCCUUGCGGCCCCUGUGGCCCUUGCGGCCCCUGUGGUCCUUGCGGCCCCUGUGGCCCUUGCGGCCCCUGUGGCCCUUGUGAUCCUUGUGGUCCAUGUGUAUCUUUCGCUCCUUGCAAUCCUUGCGCCCCUUGUGGUCCUUGCGUCCCUUGUGGUCCUUGCGCCCCUUGUGGUCCUUGCGCCCCUUGUGGUCCUUGUGUCCCUUGUGGUCCUUGCGGUCCUUGCGGUCCUUGCGUUCCUUGCGGACCUUGCGGUCCUUGCGGUCCUUGCGGACCUUGUGAUCCUUGUGGCCCUUGUGAUCCGUGUGUUCCAUGUGUACCAUGUCCACCACCAUGUCCUCCGCCGUGUCCACCACCCUGUUUACCUUGCAUGCCAUGCUGUACACCAUGUUAAACACUUAUAUGUGUAGAUAUAUAUUUUAUAUUAUCCCAUGUUAAUUUUGACAUAAAAAAUUACGUAUUAUAAAUAUCAAAUAGAUUAUAUAUAUACAUAUACAUAUAUAUAUAUAUUUAUAUA